AUGCAAAUCUUCGUCAAGUUACUGAAUGGUAAAAUUAAAGUCUUUAAUAUGAACGAAAAUGACACCGUGGAAGACUUGAAAAUUAAAAUAAUGGAAAUUGCAGGGAUUCCUACGAAAGAACAACGAUUGAUAUAUAAUUGUAAAGAAUUACGAAAUAAUAGACUGUUGUUGGAUUAUAACGUCGUCGAUUAUUGCACCAUUCAACUAUUGUUGAGAUUGAGAGGAGGAAUGAAAAUAUUUGUGAAGAAUCUCCUGAAUGCAUUGGUACCGAUCGAGGUAGAGUUUAACGAUAACAUUAAAAAUAUUAAAGUGAAAAUAUACGAAUUGGAACAAAUUCCUCCGGAAAAUCAAAAAUUGCUCUUUGGACAAAAAGAACUGCUAGACGAAGAAAAAAUUUCCGAUUGCAACAUCAAUGAUGAAUCGGUUCUCACAUUAGUGUUUACUCUCUAA